GGGAACGAACGAUCAUGGCAUAAACUUCACACCAUGAUAGCUUGCGAAGACAACAGAAGCAGCAAUCAUGGCCCAUGACCAAAUUUUUCUUCAUUUCCCUCACUCCAACCUUCCCAAAUGGAACACCUUUUCCCCCUGCAACUCCACCAAACCCCAAACCCACUUUCUUUCCUCCUUCACCCAACCGGGUCGCUCCAUAACCCUCCGGGUCAGCGCCCCGAAAACCCGGACUCAACUCGGUUCGCCGUUCACAAAACGGGUCGGGCUCGCGGCCUCCUUUUUGCCCGGCGGAAGCUGGUGGGCCUUGCCGGAGCUCCGGGAAGACGGCGCGGAGCCCGUGGAGGCGAUGCUCGCUCUCCAGCGAAUGUGGGAGCUGGUCGCCGAUGAACGAUGGGUGGCGUUUGUUGGGGUCGGGUCACUUGUAAUCGCUGCGCUUUCAGAAAUCACCAUGCCCAGUAUAUUGGCUGCAUCAAUAUUUUCAGCACAGAGUGGUGAGACUGUGGCAUUCUCUAGGAAUGCACUAUUUUUGGUUCUUCUGUGUUUCACUUCAGGAAUUUGCAGUGGUCUGCGAAGUGGCUGCUUUGGAAUUUUGAAUGUAACUUUGGUAUGCAUUUUACAAAAUGAAAAUAUACAGUCUACUGGGUGUUCUUUGGAAUAUUUUUUGGACAUAUCGUAUUUUGAUAAAGAACGAGUUGGUGACUUGACAAGCAGGCUUGCAGCUGAUUGUCAACGACUAUCCCAUGUUAUAGGAAAUGAUCUUCAGCUUAUAUUACGCAACACUUGUCAGGGAACAGGAGCAAUAAUUAAUUUGAUGGCUUUAUCUUGGCCUCUGGCAUUAUCAGCCUUGGUGAUUUGUUCUAUUUUAUCCGCAAUUUUCCUGGUUUUUGGACAGUAUCAAAGAAAGGCAGCAAAGUUAAUCCAAGAUUUCACAGCUUGUGCCAAUGACGUUGCUCAGGAGACACUUUCUUCAAUAAGAAUUGUCCGAGCUUAUGGAACAUUAAAAAAUGAAUUUGGAAGGUACCAGCAUUGGCUACAGAGCUUGGCAUUUAUAAAUGUUCGAGAGAGUGUGUCUUACGGGUUCUGGAACCUGAUCUUUAACACCUUAUACCGUUCAACUCAGCAUACACUUGAUGAAAUCACCUAUGAGUGUCAAGUGGGGCCGCUUGUAUGGAAUCUUGGCGAGAUCUCUAGAACACUCAUGAAUAACGGACACGCACGAGGCUUGAAAGCGCAAUACAGCGAUAGCGAUAAGGAUUAUAUUUGCACUGCUGUUAGGAGGUAUGUCUGUUCUCAGAUGUCGUGUUACUGUGGAACAACUUACCAAUCCAUUGGAGCAUCUGAACAAAUUUUCCAACUGAUGAAUCUUUUGCCCAGUGACCAAUUCUUAGCCAAAGGAGUGAAGUUGCAGAGUUUAGUGGGGCAUAUUCAGUUCGCAAAUGUAUCAUUUCAUUAUCCUGCAAGGAGUAUGAUGCCUGUUCUAGAACACUUAAACUUCUCCAUAGAAGCAAAUCAAGUCAUUGCCAUUGUUGGUCUAAGUGGUAGUGGAAAGAGCACAUUAUUCAACCUUUUACUCCGUCUCUAUGAGCCUAGUAGUGGUCAGAUAUAUAUUGAUGGGUUCCCUCUUAAAGAGUUGGAUAUCAGGUGGCUGAGGCAGAACAUCGGAUAUGUUUCACAGGAACCCCGUCUCUUUCAUAUGGACAUCAAGUCAAACAUAAAGUAUGGUUGCCCUAGGAACAUAAAACAAGAAGAUAUUGAAUGGGCAGCGAAAAAGGCCUAUGCCCAUGACUUUAUAUCUUCACUUCCUAAUGGAUAUAAAACCCUAGUUGAUGACAAUGCACUUAGUGGUGGACAAAAGCAGCGAAUUGCCAUCGCCAGAGCCAUUCUUAGGGACCCUGUUAUUAUGAUACUUGAUGAAGCCACCAGUGCUCUAGAUUCUGAGAGUGAGCAUUAUAUUAAGGAGGUAUUGUAUGCGUUAAAAGAUGAAUCUAAAACAAGAACCAUCAUAAUCAUAGCACAUAGGCUUUCUACCAUUAAAGCUGCUGAUAAGAUCUUUGUUAUGGAUGAUGGUCGCAUCAUUGAGAAGGGAGACCAUGAAGAGCUUCUGCUCAGGGAUGGGCUCUAUGCAAAAUUAAAUAAAAUUCAAGCAGAUAUUUUGACUUGAUUUAAGUUAGAUUUAGACUUUUGGCAGUGAUGAAGAAGAAUGCUUGAAGACUGUAAGCCAAAUGUUGAAGAGAACACAACACCUAACUUUCGUGAGAAAAUAAGUCUUUGGCUUCUCGGAAGCGAUCACUGCACUGUCCUUGGCUGUUUCACCUAAAUCCGAAGGUCCUUAUCCUACUCUGGUUUAUUGGCCUUUCUAAUCAGUGAACACUUUCAAUGAGAGGUUCUGAUUCCAUUUAACAAUGUUGAUCACAACAGUAGGUGAUCUAGUAGAUUUGGAACAUCUACGAAAGAGGAUCACUUUUUAUAUAAGUUUUUUACAAUGAUCAAAUAUGAUGUAUAUCUAAAAUGGUUAUCAAUCAUACACACUAGGGAUGGCCUAGGGAACAGAGGAAUGAGUAUUGGUAUGAAGCCUUUCAUACUUCUGCAUAUUGAAUAAAAAAAUAAAAUAAAUUUGGUUAUCAGUA